AUGAAAAAUUGUAUUGCUGAUCUCGAAGGAAGUCCAAAUCGGGAUUUUUGCGUUUUUCGUAUUGAUUCUCUUUACCAUACUACGUUGCGAUUUGCUGAAUUACUCGAGCUUGAAGAGGCUGUUCUGCAGUUAAUCUCAAACUCAAAUAAACUUUUAAAUGUCGAUGUUCAUCAUGAUAUUAAUCCAUCUUCUUCAUUGAACUGCUCUCAAGUUUUAAGUGGCACACCAGGAUGGAGAUUUGUGACUCAUGCAGGAAUUGACGGCUAUUCACGCUUGCUGGUAUUUAAUCGCUGUAGCACAAAUAAUCGAGCUGAUACUGUUCUAAAUCUAUUUCUAUACAGUGUAUCUCAAUAUGGACUUCCAUCCAGAGUAAGAACAGAUAAAGGAUGUGAAAAUGUUGGUAUUGCUCAAUUUAUGUUAAACCACCAUUCGCGAGGACCUGGUCGUGGCAGUCAUAUUACCGGAAGAAGCGUGCACAACCAACGGAUUGAGCGCUUUUGGCGACAUCUUUUUGUUGGACCUACAAGUAUUUUUUAUCAUUUAUUCUAUCAUAUAGAAAGUAAUGGAAUAUUGGAUUCAUUAAAUGAAAAACAUGUGUUUUCAUUGCAUUAUGUGUUUUGUCCAAUUAUUAACACAAAUUUGGAAAUUUUCCAGGAAGGUUACAAUAGAUCUCCCAUAAGACCAGAAAGAAAUCUAUCACCUGAACAGCUAUGGACCCGAGGAUCCUGCUUAGCCAAUAAUUCAAUCAACCAUAUACAACAGUUCACUAAGGCAAACCAAGAAUUUCCACCCACCUUUACACAAAAUUACGCAUGUCAUGAAACAGAUCAGCAGCAAGUGAUUGUUCCAGAAACCAACAUUCCAUUGAAUGAAAUGGAUCUCGAUGAGCUGCAAAGAACCAUUAAUCAUUUAACGCCUUCUAAUCAUAAUGGUGCUGACAUAUACAUUGAGGUGCUUCAUUUUGUAAAUACCAGACUGCACCAAGAAGACGAGUAACAUUGUGAACUCACAAAAGAAGAAAAGCUACUUGACCUAUUGUUGGUUGGUGUCAAUUCAGAUAAUACAAAACAAGAUAUGUAUGGCAACGAAGGCUAUAAAUUUUUCAUUGUGUUCAUCAUUCAAACAUUUUAGCAGAAAACGUUAUUUAGCACAUAAAUGCUGAUGCACUGCCAGAACAAAAUUUAAUGAAACAUUAAUAUAUUUACUUUAAGUCUUUAACUAUUAAAAUGAUAUCCAAAACAAA